AUGCCGGUGGCCCUCGCCAUGUUUGCCGUCCUCCUCCUCUCCGCGACGACAGCCUCCGCAUCCGCGACCUACUUCGACCGCCUCACCGAGCGUGCCUGCAUCGCCGGCGCACCCAACCACUGCAGCAUCACUUGUUCUCACUGCAUCUGCUGCGACAUAGACGGUAGCUUCUGUGCCAAGGCGUGCCCGUGA